AUGAUGAGAACCGGUCUGUUCCUGGCUUCUCUCCUCUUCGCCGUCCCAAUCCACGCUACCAACUGGCAUAUUGCAGGCAAAAUUGAGGUUCCUAUGCUGGACGAUUUCUCGGGAUACCCCAAAGUUGUGAGUUGAAAUUUCUAAAGCAAAUCGGAGACCCCUAGCUCGCGCUUUCCAAAAAAUUUUAUCUCUACAAUUUCAAAACAAAUUUUUUUAGUUGGUCCAGCUGAUUUCCGGAGGAGUGUGGAAUUCCGAGUGCGGAGAGACGCUAGCCGAAGCGGACGGAAAAUUCUCGCUCACUUGUCCCUCUCCGUGGAAUUGGUUCAGCGUCAAACAUUUGGCUGUGUAAGUGAAAAAAAUUUUUUUGAAUUUUUCAUUAAUAUUUUUUUUUUAAAUUCUGCGGAUAUUGUUGUCGAAUAAUGCCUCGGGCAUUUUUUUGUAAAACUUCCUUUUCCUGGCCCCAGCAAAAAGAAGGUUUUGCAUCUUGCUUCCGAACAAUUCCGGGUAAAAGUUCCUUAUUUUGGCCACAGCUUAUAACUUUGCGAAAACUGGUCGGAAUUUGCCCAAAUUUAGCGUGCACGCUCAAUUCAUCGUUGUCAAUGCCCGGACAGUGGAUUUAGUUACUGAGGUACCUUCUUUUUUACGUACCACCUUGCCCUUCAAAAACGGCUGCAGCCUGUGAUUUUACACUUUAUACGAUGAAACAUGUCCGGAACUAAACUUAUUGCCUCCGUGUGGAACAAAAUGAGUCGUCACAGCCUUCGUAGGUACCCUUAAAGCUAUGGAGCUCAUAUAGUAAUUCAGUGCCAGCUAGGUCGGAGCGUUUUUUUCUAACUUUAGUGCCCAAGCUUGGGCGCAGUUCGCGGAGGACCUUUGUUGUGGCCAAAAUAAGGAACUUUUUCCGAGAUUUUUGUCAAAUAAUGCCUCAGGCAAGUUUUGAAAAAGGCAAAAAAAUUAGAGAUUUUUUUUCGAUCAUUAAAAAUAUAUAUAUUUUUUAAAACUUCCUUUUCCUUGCCCCAGAGAAAAGAAGGUUUUACAGCUUGCGCCCGAACAGUUCCGGUUGCAAGGAAUAUCAGGCUUAGCCUCAGGCAAAAGGCAGGUUAGGCUUAGCUUUGGCUUAGGCUGUUUUCUGUUUUAUUCGCAGUCCGCAGGAAAACCAGGGCGCAAGCUGCGAAGCGCCGGGCCAAAAAAAGGAAGUCUUUCCAUUUUUUUAUGUUUCAGGUAUCACCGUUUCGAUGACGGCGUUUGCAAAUUGAACUGGUUUGCCGACAUCUCGCUCGACGACGGGCAAACUUUCAAAAUUGAUGACAGCACCAAGUAUCGGCUGACAACGAAGAUUGCCCUACGGAUAUUUAUUGAAACUUUGACUAUAUUAAAUCUCAAAAAAUAA